CCGUGCCGAGCCGCAUCCCCCGUGGGCAGCCGCCGGCGGAGCCAUGUCGCGGGGCAGCGGGAAGGGGCUCAGCCUGAAGGACAAGCUGGACGGGAACGAGCUGGACCUGAGCCUCUGCGACCUGAAUGAGGUGCCGGUGCGGGAGUUGGCCGCUCUUCCGAAAGCUACUGUGUUGGAUUUGUCCUGUAACAACCUCAUUUCCUUGCCGUGACAGGUCAGUGCUGGCAGUGGAUUUGGCUGAGGCAGGAGAGAGUACAGGGUUGAACUGUGUGAAGAUUGCAGUACAUUCCUUCCAGAGCAUCCCCAGGCGAAGGAGGAGAGUGAUUUUCCUCCAUCACAGUCCUGUAUCAGACUUCUGCAGUUUGAUGCAUCUGGUGAAACUGGAUUUGAGUAAAAAUCGGUUGCAACAGCUGCCCUUGGACUUUGGCCGCCUGGUCAAUCUGCAGCACCUGGACCUUCUGAACAACCGCUUGGUCACCCUGCCAGUCAGCUUUGCACAGCUCAAGAACCUGAAGUGGCUGGAUCUGAAGGACAAUCCCCUGGAUCCUGUCCUGGCUAAAGUGGCAGGAGAUUGUCUGGAUGAGAAGCAGUGUAAGCAGGCUGCUGUCAAGGUACUGCAGCACAUGAAAGCGAUCCAGUCUGAGCAAGAUCGACAACGGCAGCGGAAACUCCAGGCAGAGAGAGAAAUGGAGAAGAAGCGUGAAGCAGAACAGCGAGCAAAGGAGGCUCUGGAGAGAGAACUGCGGAAGCGAGAGAAGGCAGAGGAAAAGGAGCGCAGAAGGCGGGAGUACGAUGCUCAGAAAGCUGCAAAACAGGAGAUGGAAAAGAAAACUAAAAAGGAAACAGUGCACACCCGAAAGCCAGCCUCCAGCUCCCGUCCCCCUCAGCCUCCCCGGCACAAGCCCUCGUGGUCGCGGUCAGUGCUGAGGGUCCUGCUCUUUGUGCUGUUCUGCAUCCUCUGUACUCUGGCUGCCUGCAAGCUGACAGAGCUGCAGCAUCAACCCCUCUGCGUCAGCGUGAACACCCUCUACGAGGAUGUGGUGGCUGCUCUGCAGAACCACAAAACCCUGCAGAACAUGCUACAGCACAACUCGCACCAGUGAUUGUCCUGGAUGGGCACUCGCUUCGUCAGCAUCUCCUUCCGCCAUCUACGCAGCCAGAAUUCCUAUGGAAUUGUGUUCUGAUGAAACUGCUUUGAACCAGUCAGCGUUGGUUUGCUGGUCCACUCCACAGAGCAGAGCUGUUGUUCAAACUAUCUUUGUUGUGCAUGUCUCUCAGUCGGCCUGUAACUCCCAUUAAUUGUGCACGUUAACCUAAACUUGUUACCACUCCUUGCCUCCAAGUUGUGUCCACCAGGAUUGUGAGGUACAGGAAGCUGACAGUCUAUAGGAAAGGGAACAAGCAGCCCUCACAUCAUCUGGGUCAGACAGCUGUAGCUCUGAGCUAGAGGUGGAAGGUUUUUCAUACAUAUCCGUUCCUUGCUCUCUUUUCUGUUUGUGCUAAAACUGGUGGUAUGGCUGUAUGGGAAUAAUACACUAAGGCCCCACUCCAGGACCAAUUACAGGCAUGUAGGAUGGCUGUGCAUCCCUAUGUUGGAGCAAAGAGGCUGAUGUGCUAUUGAAAGAAGCUGAAAAUUUUCAAUACAACAGUUUUCACAGCAA